ACUUGGAGUAUGUAUUAUACUUUCUUAUCUGAGAUUAAUCAGUGGAUCUUUCGUAUCUUUUGACAACAGCAGUAACAGCGGGGGCGACAUUUCCAACAAAGAUUCGAUCAAGAUCAAGCUAGGGCCUGCUGCGGAAACAAUGGCUGAAUUAAAUGACAAGAAGUUUCGUGAUGCGAAAAUGAGAGCUUCAAUUAACCAGAAAAUGAUUGAGACUGGAGAAAAAGAAAGACUAAAAGAAUUGUUAAGAACAAAACUUAUUGAAUGUGGCUGGAGGGAUGAACUUAAAGCUUAUUGCAAAGAGGUUGUGAGAACCAAAGGCUUAGAGCAUGUCACCGUCGACGAUUUAGUAGCUGAAAUUACCCCAAAAGGAAGAGAAUUAGUUCCUGAUGAAGUAAAGAAGGAUUUACUUCAAAGAAUUCGAGCAUUUCUUGCAGAUCAAGCACCUGUUUGAUGUUAUUCAAGUCCUCAUCAACUCUCCCUUCCCCGACCGGCAAGCAAGACAUCCAGAAUCAAAUUUGACAUCACCAUUUGGCUUUCAUAAUAAUUAUUUUGGGGGGAGGAGGGGUGGAGGCACUUAUUUUCAAAAUGAAUGCUAUUUUAUUCAUAUUUUAACCAUGCUAGUACAAUAAAAAAUAUUGAUACUGACAGGCUAUAAUAAUAAUCAAAGAUGACAUCAGUUUGAAUGUAAGUACUCUCUCGAAAGAAUCCAGUAGUAUCUUGAUUAGAAGCCCAUGGGCUUCAUUUUGAGAUGGGCUUCUCUUCGAGAUUACUUUUGCUAACUGAAGAGAGGGGUUUCUUUUCUAGAUGGGCUUCUUCUCGAGAUUAAGCCCAUAGAACUUCUAUUCAAGAUUUUAUGGUAGAUGUUUGUCUCGACGACUCAAAAUGGAAACCACCAAUUAUUGUUUUUGUAGACAAAAUGUACUACUUAUAAUAUUGGUACUAUAUUCUAGGUCCUAAUAUGUAUAUACAGUAUACAAUAAGAUACAAAACUAAUUUGUAAUGAAAUAAAAGUAUGUAAGUGAA